AUGUCUCUUGAAGCAGAUUUCGAGUUCCUUUCCUUGGGAGCCAUCAUUCAAACUUUCCUAGUCCCCACUAAAGACAAGCCAUUGAAUAUCGUCCAAUCAUUUCCCACCGCGGAGCUAUACCAGAAAUACAACCAACCAUUUUUUGGUGAAACGAUCGGAAGAGUGGCAAAUCGUAUUUCGAAUGCGAAAAUCAAUUCUUUGAAUGGAAAGUCCUAUGCUCUUGCGCAGAAUAAUGGUGUGAACGCAUUACAUGGAGGAAUAAAUGGAUGGGGUAAACGCGUUUGGCAAGGUCCGAAAUUGGUUGGCACCAGACAGAUUCCCGGCGUUGAGGGAUUAGAGGGAGGAGAAAGUGUGCAGUUUACUUUGAAGGAUGAGGAUGGAGAGGAGGGAUAUCCAGGAACUUUGGAUGUUAGUGUGGUUUAUACGACCGGAAAACAAAAGGUUGAUGGCAAGGAAGUCAGAGUUUUGGCUAUGGAAUAUGAGGUUAAAUUGGUCGAUGAUGGAAAGGGAGUGGAGGAGACGGUUGUUAAUGUUACCAACCACUCAUAUUUCAAUCUAAGUGGUAAAUCGACAAUCGAAGGUACACAAGUCACAUUAUGCACAAACGAAUACUUACCAGUUGACGAUGGAGGAAUUCCUACUUCGGGACCAAAAGCAUAUGAGAGCAUUACACCCAACAAAGAAUUCACAUUGGGACCAGAGGAACCAAAUGUUGAUGAUUGCUUCAUCGUGGAUACUAAAUCCGAUUUCUUGUUUGUGUUUCAAAGCUCACAAUCAAAGGCCGAGAACGGUCACGUGUAUCUAUGCACUGAGAUGUACCUCGGCAUCCGGAGUCGGCGAUGUUUACGACCUCACCAAAUUCCCAAGACGACCAUCCAGGUGGAAAAAAGAUCCUCACAAGAGUCGCUGGGAAAAGAUGCUUCAAAGCAAUUCUGGAAAUAUCAUAAUGAAGGAAUUCUUAAGAAAUACAAGGCAAAGCUACAAGUUGGAUCAUUAGACACAAAGAAAGCCGCGGCACCACCAACGCCACCCGCCACUCCUCCACCAGCAAAAGAGGCUGUUAAACCACAGGCCGAAAGUGGUGCGGUUGUGCCGGUUCCAGCGAAUGAUGCGAAACAGGCCGUAGACGAAUCGGAACCCUUGGAUCCCUAUGGUGAUUUGAUUCCUUUUGGAGAUCCGUCGUGGUAUCAGGGUUAUCACUCACCAUAUUUCAAUGAGACGCACGCUGCUCUCCGUGAAGAAAUCCGCGAAUGGGUAUCUGCCGAAAUCGAACCAAAUGUUGGUGAAUGGGACGAAGCUCGAAAGGUUCCUGAUGAAAUUUAUAAACAAAUGGGUACUCGAGGAUAUCUAGCCGGGUUGAUGGGUAUGCAUUAUCCAACUCAGUAUACUCAGAAUAGAAUCAAGAGUGUGCCACCUGAGAAGUGGGAUUUAUUCCAUGAGAUGCUUCUUACCGAUGAAUUGUCGCGUGCGGCAAGUGGUGGAUUUGUUUGGAAUGUUAUUGGUGGAUUUGGAAUUGGUUGUCCGCCUUUGGUUAAAUUCGGAAAGAAACCUUUGGUGGAGAGAAUUCUGCCAGGUAUUUUGAAUGGUGACAAGAGGAUUUGUUUGGCUAUUACUGAGCCAGAUGCUGGUUCUGAUGUGGCCAAUUUGACCUGUGAGGCAAAAUUGACAGAAGAUGGAAAGCAUUAUAUUGUUAAUGGUGAGAAGAAAUGGAUCACCAAUGGUGUUUGGUGUGAUUAUUUCACCACUGCUGUUAGAACUGGAAAGGAUGGUAUGAAUGGUGUCAGUGUUCUCCUUAUUGAGAGAUCUGCUGGUGGUGUUAGCACCAGAAAGAUGGAUUGUCAAGGUGUUUGGUCUAGUGGAACUACAUAUAUCACAUUUGAGGAUGUGAAGGUUCCAGUUGAGAAUCUUAUUGGAAAAGAGAACCAGGGAUUCAAAGUCAUCAUGACAAACUUCAAUCACGAAAGAAUCGGUAUAAUUAUCCAAUGCCUCCGCUUCUCCCGCGUCUGCUACGAAGAGAGCGUAAAAUACGCCCACAAGCGUCGCACCUUUGGCAAGAAACUCAUUGAUCACCCGGUCAUUCGUCUUAAGCUUGCUCACAUGGCUCGUCAAAUCGAAGCUUCCUACUCUUGGCUCGAAUCCCUCAUUUACCAAUGUUCAAAGAUGGGAGAGACAGAAGCUAUGUUAAGACUAGGUGGACCAAUUGCAAGUCUCAAAGCUCAAGCUACCGUCACCUUUGAAUUCUGUGCAAGAGAAGCCAGUCAAAUCUUCGGAGGUCUGAGUUAUAGUCGUGGUGGUCAGGGUGGAAAGGUCGAGAGACUUUAUAGAGAUGUAAGAGCCUAUGCUAUUCCGGGUGGAAGUGAGGAAAUUAUGCUCGAUUUGAGUAUUAGACAGAGUUUGAGGGUGGGAAAAGCAUUGGGUAUGAAGCUGUAA